AAAGCUCAAUUAUUUGGCUUCUCUCAUUAAGCCCUUUGGCUCCCAAGCAGAGAAGAAGAAAUUCCAAUGGGUUACUAUAGAAGAAGAAGAAGACCCGCCUCACUGAGUCUUGCAGCUUUCGGGUCGACAAUAAUAAUGCAUCUGCUCUUGUUCAUGGUUGGGCCUAAUUUGGGCUCAAGUCGGGCCCCGUCCAGUAUUCGCCCCCAACCCCAGCCCGGAAUUUGCGCCAUUUUCGUUUCAAUACACAACUACCAAUGCCAGGAACACCAGGUGACGACAGAUGAUGGGUACAUUUUGAGCGUCCAACGAAUCCCGGCAGGUCUCAACCGGAACGGCGGUGGCGGCAAGGGCGGGCCCAAACAGCCGGUCCUUUUACAACACGGCGUUCUCGUGGAUGGCGCGACAUGGCUUUUGAACGGACCAGAGCAAUCACUGGCAAUGAUCUUGGCAGAUACUGGUUUGUUCGAUGUCUGGAUUUCUAACCUAAGGGGAACCAAGUACAGCCGGGAGCAUUCGAACCUUGAUCCUAAUAAUGAUGAAGAAUACUGGAACUGGACAUGGGAUGAUUUGGUGGUUCAUGACGUACCUACGGUUAUAGAUCAUGUGUUUCAAACAACUGGUCAAAAAGUUCAUUACAUAGGCCAUUCAAUGGGGACAUUGAUAGCUUUGGCAUUUUUGUCAGAGGGAAAGCUAGUAGACAAGGUGAGGUCUGCAACGUUGCUAAGCCCAAUCGCUUACUUGAGCCAUAUGACCACCGACAUUGGCGUCAUGGCUGCCAAAGCUUUCGUCGGUGAGAUCAUUACAUUAGUCUUCCAUAUGGCAGAGUUUGAUCCAAAAAGUGCGGCUGUGUCCAAGUUCUUGAAUGGUCUCUCAGGGGCAGACUGCUCGGACCUGAUGAGUGCGUUUACUGGGGAAAACUGCUGUCUCAAUGCCUCUACUGUCGACCUCUUCAAGGAACACGAACCGCAGCCAACAUCUACCAAGAACAUGGUGCAUUUGGCUCAGACUGUUCGCGAUGGUGUCAUAGCAAAAUAUGACUAUGGCAACAAGUUCAUUAAUAUAGGCCACUACGGGAGACCCAACCCUCCCGUGUACAACCUCACAAACAUUCCUUGUGACUUUCCCAUCUUCAUGAGCUACGGAGGACGGGAUGCCCUAUCGGACUCCAGAGAUGUGCUGGCCCUGCAAGACAACCUCAAGUCCCAUGAUGCUCCCAAGCUCCAAGUUCAGUACAUUGAGGAUUACGCCCACGCCGACUUUAUCAUGGGGGUAACUGCCAAGGAUGUUCUGUACACCCAAAUUGUUAAGUUCUUAACAAGUCUCCAAUGAUCAUAUUCAUGUCUUUCUGCAUGUGAUGCGCUAUUGUGAGGGUGAGAAUUCGACAUUUUUUGUUUGUUUGGUGUAUAGUCCAUUAUAUUAUUUCAAGCUAUUUUACAAUGAAAAUUGCAUUGGCCACUUAUUUACUUACGACGUAUAUCAUUUGUGUGGAUAUUGAGUGAUGU